AUAUGUAUACAAUUAUUGUAAAGACUAGAGAAAUUUUAUUUAAAUUUUUUAAGAAGCAAAAUUGGUAUUUGAAAAAAUAUUACAGAUAAAAAUAUUUACAAUCGAGUGCCAAUUUUAAUUAAUUUUACCUUCAUGCUAAGUAAAAGAAAACGUGCAAGCUCUGUUGCAAGUCGGCAAGAUGAAGACAUAGCUGACGAUUCGGCACCGGAACUAUCUCCUGUCAUUACUGUUGGAAGAAAAAGAAAAAGACCUGAUGCAUCUGAAUUAUGUCAACUUAUUUAUGAUUCCAUAAGAAAUAUUAAAAAGGAUGAUAAUUCAAUGUUAUGUGACACAUUUAUAAGAGCGCCUAAAAGGAGACAAGAACCUGCGUAUUAUGAGGUUGUUGCAAAUCCAAUUGAUUUAUUGCGAGUGCAACAAAAGCUGAAAACAGAUUCAUAUGAUGAUGUAGAAGAACUGACGAGUGAUUUUGAUUUACUCAUAAAAAACGCUAAAGCAUUUUAUAAGCCUGGUUCCACUGAGUAUUCUGAUGCUUGCACUUUGUGGGAUUUAUUUUUAACGAACAAAACUAAAAUUUUAGAAUCUAAUUGUGGAGAUGAUGAGCCACGCAAAAGAAUUGGUAGACAGCCAAGACGAUCCAUAGCAAGCGAUGGCGAAACGGCUAAAUUAGAGGAAGAUUUUGAUCCGUACGAAGAACUUUUUGCUGCUGUUAUGACUGCAAGUGAUCCGUUAGAUGGCCGACCAUUGAAUAUUCAAUUUCAGCUCUUACCAUCAAAGAAAGUUUACCCAGAGUAUUAUGAUGUUGUUGAGCAUCCAAUUGAUUUAAAAUUAGUUGCUAAUAAAAUCCAGACAAACGCAUAUUCUAACUUAUCAGAGAUGGAAAAAGAUUUAUUACAAAUGGUAAAAAAUGCAUGCGUUUUUAAUGAACCGGGUUCUCAAAUUUAUAAAGACGCAAAAACUUUAAAAAAAAUUUUUACCGCAAGAAAAACUGAUAUUGAAACAGGUAAAAUAAAAUCUUUGUCUAAAAAAAGGGGUUUAUCGUAUAGCGCAACUGUUGCAGCUUUAAAAGAUGAACCAGAGAGUUCUACAGAUGAUGAUGAAGAUGAAGAAAAGAAAGGUGAAGGACCUAUGUGGCAACUUUUUGAUUAUUUAUACAAUUAUGCCAGUUCAUCAGACAACCCCAAUGUUACUGGAGCUCCCUUAGGACAAUCUCUCUGGAAGCUUCCUCAUAGAAGAUUUAGACCAGAAUACUAUGAACUAAUUAAAAAACCAAUAUCUAUGGCUCAAAUACAAAAUAAACUCAAAAAGGGAGAGUAUGUAAAUAUUUCUGACAUGACUGCCGACCUUUAUCUUAUGAUAGAUAAUGCUAAAAAAGCUUUUCCGCCUACACAUCGAAUUCAUAAAGAUGCUUUAAAAAUGCUGAAAAUUAUGAAUAAUAAAUUGAUCGAUGAAGGUCUAGAACAAGAAAACACCGAUUCAAAUGACACUGAUGUUUUGGAUACUCCACCUAAGAAAAAAGGAAGACCAAGGCUGUCUUCUGCUGCAACCAUGUCUACUCCUUCAAUAUCAACAAUUGCAUCAAAUCCAGCAAAUACAUCGCCAAAAUUUAAAACUCAAACUAUAAAUUUCGCAAUGAAGAAAAAACUUCUUAAUAUUCAAAAAUAUUUAGAAGAGUAUACUAUUAGCGAUCGUCAGCCCAUGUUACUUUUUAUGGAAAAACCAUCUAAAAAACUAUAUCCAGAUUAUUAUGACGUAAUAUUACAUCCAAUCGAUAUGAAUACUAUUGAAAAUAAUUUAAGGAGUGAUAAGUACGCAACGUUAGACGAGGUUGUAGCAGAUUACCGCUUAAUGUUUUCUAAUUGCAGAAAGUAUAAUGAGGAGGGCUCAAUGAUUUUCGAAGAUGCAAAUAUUCUUGAAAAAGUUCUAAAUGAAAAAUUAAGAGAACAUUUUGGAUUUAUUGAAAAAAAACUGACACCGAAAAUUACAAAGACGGUUAGGAAAUUUGUUUCUCAAAUGGAUUCAAAAUUAUGGCAAUUUUAUGAUACUAUUCGAGAUUAUCAUGAACCAAAAGGUAAUCGUCAACUGUCAGUUAUUUUUAUGAAGUUACCAUCGAAAAAUGAUUACCCAGAUUAUUAUGACAUUAUUAAGAAUCCUGUGGACAUGGAAAAAAUAGCGCAAAAACUUAGACAACAGUCUUAUGAGAACGUAGAUGAUCUAGCUGCCGAUUUUAUGCUAAUGUUCGAAAAUGCGUGUAAAUACAAUGAGCCUGAUUCGCAAAUUUAUAAAGAUGCUUUAAUACUACAACAGAUUACAAUCCAAACAAAGCAGAGCUUACGCGAAAGAGAUGAACGUGUUCCAGAUGUCCAGUUGGCUGUUCAAGAACUAUUAAUUUCUUUGUUUACAGCACUUUAUAACCAUCAAGAUGAAGAAGGCCGUUGUUAUUCCGAUUCACUAGCAGAACUACCAGAAUAUGAUGAUGUAAAUUUAAACAAAGUCAGGGGUAUUUCUUUAGAUUUAAUAAAACGAAGGUUAGACAAGGGUCUCUAUAAGAGGCUUGAUACCUUUCAAGAAGAUGUAUUUUUGUGUCUAGAGAGAGGAAGGAAACUUUCACGAACAGAUUCUCAAGUUUUUGAAGAUUCCAUUGAAUUGCAAACUUUUUUUAUCAAUAAAAGAGAUGAAUUAUGUAAAGGAGUUCUAAGUUCUCCUGCUUUAAAUUAUAAAAUUAGCCACUUAAAUGAAACUGUAGAAGCUAUACGACAAUCGAAAUCAAUGUUGGAAGAACAAGAUCUGGAAGAACCAGACACAGCUGCUACACAAGGAGAAAGUAUGACUAUUGAUCAGAAAGUAUUUUCACCGGGAGAUUUUGUGUAUUUUGAUACUCCUGAUAAUCAACUACCAGGAAUUGCAUAUAUUGAAAGACUAUACACUGAUGUGAAUAAUGUAAAAAUGAUGCAAGGAAAUAUUUUUUUUCGACCUCAUGAAACGUAUCAUGUAACCACAAGAAAAUUUUUAGAGCGAGAAGUUUUUAAAAGUGAUCAACAUUUAGCAAUCCCUAUUGAUAAAGUACAAAAUAAAUGUUAUGUUAUGAGUGUUAAGGAUUUUAUCCGUUUUAAACCAGAAGGUUAUCAGGAUAAAGAUGUGUAUGUGUGUGAGUCCCGAUAUAGUAUGAGAUUGCGUUCAUUUAAAAAAAUUAAAAAUUGGGCAUUUGUAAGAGAUAACGACAAAAUUAAGUUUACUUUAAGAGAAAAAGUUAUUGAGCUAAAGAGAGUUAUGUCUGUAUUUAAGGAAAGAAUUGAGAAACAUAAAGGUGAAUUAGCAGAGUUACAGUUGCAGGAGGCUCUAAUUGAAAAAGAAAAACCAAAUGUCAUAUUCCCUAUGAACAAUGUAAGCGAAGGCUAUGUCUAUUACGAACAGUAUAAUACGGCAUGUGGUGGAGCUGUAAAAACAGGAGAUUUCGUUUAUGUUGCAACGCAAUCUGGUAAACAGUCUAUUGCUCAGAUUCAUACAAUUUGGGAAACACCAGAAGGCGAAUCAUAUUUUCAAGGACCGUGGCUAAUUUUGCCAAAUGAAAUUACACCGAACAUAAAUAGAACAUUCAAUAGGCAAGAGAUAUUCCUUUCUACCGUUCAGGAUAAAAAUCCGACUAUUGCCAUUGUUGGAAAAUGUGCUGUAUUAGAAGUAGCAGAAUAUAUGAAACAGAGGCCAACAGAAAUUCCUGAAUGUGAUGUUUUCAUAUGCGAGAAUAUUUAUGAUGAAUCUAGGAAAUGUAUAAAGAAACUUCCAAAUUCCGCAGGAUUAAAAAAAUAUAAACAUAAUCCUUCUGUUACUUUAGACGAAAUUUUUUAUUUUAGAGAAACCAUUAAAUUGCAAAAAGGUGUAGUAAAAAGUGAAAAAGUAGAUAAAAUAGAAACUGGCGAUGGGCUUGAUACAUUUGACGACUCUACUGAUGGAGGAUCACCUUCUGUUAAUUCUGAUGUGCAAAUAUCAUCUUCUCCAGCUUUAUCGAUUGCUUCGACUCCAAACACAACCAAAAAGAAAUUAAAACAACCAAAUAAAUCUAAAUUCACGGGUUAUAUUCUUUAUUCUGGUGAGGUAAGAAAAGCUAUAUGCCAAAAUAAUCGUGAUGCUAGUUUUGGAGAUAUUUCUAGAAUGAUUGCUAAUGACUGGAAAAAUUUACCAGCACAUAUUAAGCAAUCAUGGGAAGAUAAAGCUGUUAAAAUAAAUGAAGAGAAAAGACUACUUUUAGGUAAACAGGAAGCUGAAGAAAAUGAAAAUUGUUCAAGUCCCAUUCCGGGGGAAACAAUCAAUCAAGUUUAUGAAUGCCUUUGGAACAAAUGUGAUUUUCAAUUUGAAGAUUUGACAGAUUGUAUGGAGCAUUGUUUAGCUGAAAGCACUGGACACGUAUAUACGCACUAUUCUAAAGUAGAAUCAGAGUCUCCAAUAGAGUAUCAUUGUUUUUGGAAAAAUUGUAUUCGUUUGAGAAAAAAUAUGCCAGCUUUUCCUCAUUUAUUGCGUUUAAUCAGACAUGUGAGAGAAGUUCAUUUGAAUAAAGGUGGUAGGAUUUUGUCGCCCAACGACCGAAGUAAGAAUUUUGUUCAAAAAAAAAUAUCAUCAGUUCAAAUAAGCAAUGGAACUACGAAUAUGAGCAACAAUUUUGUAACUAAUCAGAUACUGCAUUCGUCUCCAUCUGUUGUUCAAAAUACGCAACUUACUACUAAUCCCCCAGAACCAAUGUUUGUCAGUGUUCCACCCAGGCCACAAAGAGUUUUACAUUCUGAAGCUUAUAUUAAAUACAUAGAGGGUUUGCAAAACAACACAUCAAAUGCUUCUUCAUGGGAAAAAACUUUGCAACCUACUCAUUUAACACAAAAUAUAGAACCUCCUAAAGAAAUUAUGAACUGGUUUGGCUCCGCAGCUAAGCAAAAUCCUGAAGCUGUUAUCAAUGCUUUAUGGCAUUUAAGAAAUUUUAUGGUAGAAGAAACUUUGCAAAUAAAAAACAAAAUUUUUUGAAAGUACGAAGUAGAAAUUUUGUCAGUAAAACCUUGUUUUUUGAAGUGUUAAUCGAAAAUUUUAAAAAAUUUAAUAAAAAAUAAAAUAAU